GCCCGCGUGAUGGACUGCAAGGACAGCGUCAUCGAGUCCUUGGCUACAGACCUGGAGGAGGCGGAGGAGCAGCAUGCCCGAGCCCUGUGCAGCCACCUCUGCAACGUCGACCGCCUGCUGCAGCUCCAGCGCUGCCGCCUGACGUGCCUGGAGGAGGGGUACAACGCCCAGCUGGACGCGCUGAAGACAGAGUUUGAGGCUGAGCGGGUGACCAUCCUUGAGCAGCACGAGCGAGAAAUGCGCUACCUGCGGGACGUGAUGCUGGACGUGGAGCAGAACCACACCAUAAACAACGACAAGGCCACCCAGAAGUUCCACAGCGCCCAAGCCGACAUCAAAAACAAGAACCUGCAGGAGAAGCAGUACUGCCGCAUGCAGCUGGGCAUCGAGCUGGAGCAGCGCUGGGACCAGUUCCAGCAGGCCAUGCAGAACUACGCCGAGGCCACCAAGCAGCAGAAGAUCACUUUUAAAGUGCUGAAGGAGAAGAACAAGAAGAGCUCCAGGGAGAUAAAGAAGCAGGCCAAUAAACUGCAGAAGCUCCAGGACUUGGUGACGGCCACCAAGGGCCAGCUCACGGCUCAGCGCCGGCAGAGUGAGGAGCAGAACCGGCGUGCGCGGGAGGAGAAGGAAAGGAUCCUCAGGCAGCUCCAGGAGCUCACAAACGAGAUGAACCGGGCCCGG